UAGAUGUCAAUGGUUUUUGCGAUAAAGUUGGUUAGGGCCUGCAAAAGACUGUUUGGUGCAAUCUUAGCUAUCCCACUUGAUUGAAAGAUCAGAGUUUGGAAUGUAGGCGUAUGGGGGGGUAUGAUGCUAUAAUAAUUGUCUGAAAUCAUGCACCAGAUCCUCCCAUGGUGAUGAUUUCUCAUUAACUAUGUCCGUUGUUAGGGUAUAUAAACACAACAUGGUGUUCAAGUGUUGUAGCCGCAAUGAAAUGGCACCAGUACCGUAUCUAUAACUUUCGAACUGUUAUCAUAUAUUGGAAGAAUUCGAUUAUUCCUGAAAAAACAACACUAGUCGACAUUCUUUUUGGCCUUUCGGAUGACCAAGAACAGAUCACGAUAAAUCCAGCAUGAACGAUAAAACUAGUGAUCAGACUGAAAGAAAGGGAAAAGAAAAGUAAAAAAGACAAGACAAUACAAAACGGUGCCGUGUUGGACAUGUAUCGGUUUGGGAUAUAAUUAAGAUUUCGGGUCAACGGCUACGGCGCGGCUGCUUGGCGUGGGAUACGACUCAAGAAUCAACAUGCAACCGUGGAUGUCGAUCCGAACCACAACCCACGGUCCAGACUCCAGACCCGACGUGAAAUAUCGCUUCUUUUAUAUUCUUUUCAUUUCUUUGGUUCCGUCUCUCAACUUCAACUUGAAGCAGAAGACAAAACCGCGAACAUGGAGAAUGGUGAAAUUCCCGAAAACGCUAACGAGCAUUGCCCUGGUCCCCAAGCAGAUUCUGCUGGAAAAUCUGACGCUUGCCAAGGAUGCCCUAAUCAAGAAGUUUGUGCUACUGCUCCUAAAGGCCCUGACCCAGACUUGGUUGCAAUCACUGAAAGAAUGGCUACUGUUAAGCAUAAAAUACUGGUUUUAUCGGGGAAAGGUGGAGUUGGCAAGAGCACAUUCUCUGCCCAACUGUCAUUUGCUCUGGCAGCUAUGGACUUCCAAGUGGGUCUCCUUGACAUUGACAUUUGUGGCCCGAGCGUCCCAAAGAUGCUUGGCCUAGAAGGUCAAGAUGUCCACCAGAGCAACCUUGGCUGGUCACCUGUUUACGUUGAGUCCAACCUUGGGGUCAUGUCCAUUGGAUUCAUGCUUCCUAACCCCGAGGAAGCUGUCAUAUGGAGGGGUCCACGCAAAAAUGGGCUCAUAAAGCAAUUCCUAAAGGAUGUAUACUGGGGAGAACUGGAUUUUUUGAUUGUUGAUGCUCCUCCUGGGACCUCAGAUGAGCACAUCUCAAUUGUCCAAUUGCUCGAGGCUACUGGAAUAGAUGGUGCAAUUAUAGUCACUACUCCACAAGAAGUCUCCUUGAUUGAUGUGCGGAAAGAAGUGAGUUUCUGCAAGAAAGUUGGAGUCCAGGUUCUUGGGGUUGUUGAGAACAUGAGUGGCUUGUGCCAGCCAGUGAUGGAUUUCAAGUUUACAAAGAUGACAGAGACAGGUGAACAGAGAGAUGUUACAGAGUGGGUCAAGGAGUACGUGAGAGAAAAGGCACCAGAGAUUCAAGAUUUGUUUGCUUGUACUGAAGUCUUUGAUAGUAGUGGUGGUGGUGCAGAAAGAAUGUCGAGGGAAAUGGGUGUACCUUUUCUUGGGAAAGUACCGUUGGAUCCACAGCUUUGCAAGGCAGCUGAGGAAGGUAGAUCCUGCUUCAUUGAUAAAAAAUGUGGGGCAAGCGCUCCUGCACUGAAGAUGAUCAUAGAAAAAUUGAUUGAAAAUCAGGGGUUCUCAAGAAUGUUGGUUGCUGAUAGUGCGUAGGUGGUUGGCAUCAGCUUGCGGUCCUCGUGGAUUAAAAUUUUGUUUCCCUUCUGUUCCCCUUUCUAUCUAUAGUAGCUUGAAUCUCAUUUGUAUUUUUUAGCUUGAUAUGUGUGAACUGAUUUGUUUAUAACAUGACAAUUUUUUUUAAUGUAAUGAAAACCUGUGGUA